AUGGAUAGGAUCAGAACUCCAGCUUCCCAGAGGAAGAGGCAGAAAGGGAUGCAUUCUCCCAAAUUUUCCGGCAGUUAUGAAGUAAAGUUCAAUAACUUUGUAAUUUUUAUUAUGCAGAGGAAGAUGGGGAUGACCAGAAGGACAUUUCUGAUGGAGCUGGCAAGAAGCAAAGGUUUCAGAGUAGAAAGUGAACUAAGUGAUUCUGUCACUCACAUUGUGGCUGAGAACAACUCUUACCCAGAAGUGCUGGACUGGCUGAGAGGACAGGCUGUAGGUGAUAGCUCCAGGUUUGAAUUACUGGAUAUUUCAUGGCUCACAGCCUGCAUGGAAGCGGGAAGACCAGUUGAUUCAGAAAUGAAGUAUCGCCUCAUGGAACAAGCAAAUCGGUAUCCUGCUUUGAAUACACCUGAAUCAGAAGUGCCAUCAUGCACUGCAAGCAAAGUAUCUCAGUAUUCAUGUCAAAGGAAAACAACUUUAAAUAACUGCAACAAGAAAUUCACGGAUGCCUUUGAGAUAAUGGCUGAAAAUUAUGAAUUCAAAGAAAAUGAAAUAUUUUGUCUGGAAUUUCUGAGAGCAGCUUCUGUGCUGAAAUCUCUUCCAUUUCCAGUAACCAGAAUGAAAGAUAUACAAGGGUUGCCCUGCAUGGGAGAUCAAGUCAGAGAUGUUAUUGAGGAGAUUAUUGAAGAUGGAGAGAGUUCUAGAGCUAAAGAUGUGUUAAAUGAUGAACGAUACAAAUCAUUUAAGCAAUUUACUUCAGUCUUUGGAGUGGGAGUGAAGACAUCUGAAAAAUGGUUCAGAAUGGGUUUACGAACUCUGGAAGAGGUAAAAGCUGACAAGACCCUGAAGCUGUCAAAAAUGCAGAGAGCAGGGUUUCUCUACUAUGAGGACCUUGUUAGCUUUGUAUCUAAAGCAGAAGCAGAUGCAGUAAGCUUGAUUGUCAAGAAUACUGUGUGCACGUUUCUACCAGAUGCUUUAGUUACCAUAACUGGUGGUUUCAGAAGGGGUAAGAAGAUUGGACAUGAUAUUGAUUUUUUGAUCACCAAUCCAGGACCAAGAGAAGAUGAUGAACUUCUGCAUAAAGUUGUUGACUCGUGGAAAAAGCAGGGCUUACUUCUGUAUUGUGAUAUCAUUGAAUCAACAUUUGUAAAGGAACAGAUACCAAGCAGAGAAGUUGAUGCCAUGGAUCAUUUUCAAAAAUGUUUUGCAAUUUUAAAAUUAUACAAGCCAAGAGUAGACAACAGCAGUUACAAUACGUCAAAAAAAAUUGAUAUGGCAGAAGUCAAAGACUGGAAGGCAAUCCGUGUGGAUCUGGUCAUAACCCCCUUUGAGCAAUAUGCAUAUGCUUUGUUAGGCUGGACAGGCUCCAGGCAAUUUGGACGUGAUUUGCGAAGAUAUGCUACUCAUGAAAGGAAGAUGAUGUUGGAUAACCACGCCUUAUAUGACAAAAGAAAGAGGAUCUUUCUUAAAGCUGGAAGUGAGGAAGAAAUCUUUGCACAUCUUGGCUUGGAUUACGUCGAACCAUGGGAAAGGAAUGCUUAAAGUGAUUUGCCAGUGUGCAUUCAUCAGUUGACAGCGAUGGUCCUUCUGCCUAUCUUGCAGUCUGACUUAGAUACAUAUAUAUUACGUGUCUCUAAGACAAAACUUUAAAAAAUGUUAGAAGCCCUUAUACAUGCUUAUGUUCCUAGAAAAGAACAGUUUAAGUUUGUCAGAAUCCUUGCCAGUCUUUACAGUUUUAGUCUUUGAUUUUUCUUCAUAGGAUGACAAAGAGGGGGUAAAGCUUGUGGAUUUUUUUUUUCAAGUGAAAACUUCUAACUGGUGAGAUUUUUGCUUGUAACAGAAACUUCAAAUUUCUGUGAAUAAUGCUUUUUAAAAUAUUGUCAGUUAUGACAGUACCUAAAUAACACAAAACAUUUCAUCUGAGUCCAAAAAUCACUGAAGUACAUGCUUAGCUUUAGCUGAAUUUCUUAAGUAUUUUGCUGCAUUCAUAUAGAGUUUUUCUACAGUAUAUAAAGGCCAGAGACCUAGGCAGAAAUUAGUCUGGCAGUCUCAGCUAGAUGAGGCUUCAGCUAUAAUAUUUACCUAGUUGCAGCACCACUCUAUAAAAACUGUAAUCAAGUUGAGAAUUCAGCUUAGACAACAUUACACAGAAAGAGAUUUUGGAAAGGAAAAGUGGAAUAACUCAGUAGUAAUCUUCAACAGUGAGGAAAAAUACUAUAAAUUUGGAGUACCGAUUUGGACUUCGGAAGAUCCAGGAUGUGAUGUCAUGAUCCUUGAUCAGGAAUUUGAAUUGUAACCUGUAUGACACCAAUUGCUUUAACUGUCAGACUGGUGGCUGCUCUGGUGUGAAAGCUUUUAUUUAUCUGUACUCAUUUUAUAUAUCUGGAAAUUUAGUUUUUGUCAGUAGCUAUAUAUGCACUCGAAUGAGAAGUUUACCUGAGCUAUUGGCUGCUCUAGACUGUUAUUCCAUCCUUUUGGUCAGAAAUUCAUUUUGUAUGUGAGAGACUUUCUAAUGAAAGUAAUCCUUUGAGAUGUUUUGUUUUCAGGAAAUUCCCAGUGGCUCUUGUGAUUGUUAUGGAUUUGCAAUACAUUUAUCCUUUAAUGAACAAGGGUAU